AUAAUUCUACCAUUCACACCCAUUCAUACACUGAUGGCAAAGGCUACCAUGUGUUGCACCCUUAAAAUGAACUGUCCAUAGAUGCAUCCAUCUUUGUUUUGCAACUUCUAUUAACAGAUCCCAAGGUUAAGCACAAGCACAUUUUUUGCCUUCAGCCUACAUAUAGCAUGUUUUCGAAACUCUUCUUUAAAGCGACAGCGCUCUCUUCUAAAGUGUCAAUACAAUAAAUUGCUUCCCUUCACAGUUGGUACAGUUAUCCUAUAUACAGUUAUGUAAUGUUUUAAAACCAUUGAAAUAAUACAAAUAUGAAUUUUAAAUGGACAAAAAAUAUGAAAUAACAGUGCGCUACACAUGCAAAGUCCCACUUGCCCAUCAGGGCUAUCUGACAUUCAUACUCAUUCAUAUUCCGCAGAAACAGCCUGCUGGGCAAAUUGGGGUUAAGUCUCUUGCCCAAGGACACAUCGCCGUGUACAAGCGGAGCCGAGGAUCGAACACCGAUCCUCUGAUUGAAGGACGACCCUGCUCUACCAUUAAGCCACAGUCGCCCCAAAACUGAUUUUAAAUAUUGUUUAGUUGUCAACACAGAUUAUUUUUUCUUUUAUAUUGCUAUAUUGUGAACAACAAGAGUGCACAAGACUGUUUAAACAGAAGUGUAUAGUACUAGUUUGUACGAGUGCAGAUAGCGCAGAAUGUACGGAUCGGGUAGUGAUUGACACGCAUUUAUAUUGUUUCUGUGUCACAUAAUGAGCUGAUAAAUGAUAUGAUGAAGUGAUACCGGAUUGGGGCAUUGACUCCUGUACUUGCCAAUACCCAAUCCAACAUUUUAAGCUGUAUCCGAGGCAUUUCCUCUAGUAUAAUGCAGUCCAAUACAACAACAUCCCAAUCUUCAGCCUAAAAAGGACCCCACAAAGGACUUUCCAUUUCAGGCGUUUCACUGUAGCCCUCCUAUUCAUUUUUAUUUUUUCAGUAAUUAAAGAAAGCACUCCAAAUCUUCGGUAUGAAGAGUUCUGCAUUCCUGAAGUGAAAUUCUGUAACAAUUCUCACCUGCUUUUUGAAUGUUUCCACUGGCUACCACUUGAUCACUCUUGAAAUAAUGAAAUAGAAUUAACAUUUGACAAUAUUCAACUGGAAAGCUUGUGUAUCAGAAUGUGCUUAUGCCAGCAUGCACUGUAGAUGUUUUUUUUCUUGCUGCUGCCUUCUGACCUCUUAAACAAUGGUGGGAUGGUAGAAUACAUUUCACAAGGUGCCAGUCAGUACUUGACUCAGCACUCUUUGUUUAUUACAUUAGCUUAAACUAAAUAAUGCAGCUGUAUACAACUUUUCUCUUUUUAUUGAAAUUUUUUUUAUUCAAAUCUUUAGCUGAAUUCCUUAAUUUAAAUGUUUUUUACCAGAUGAUCUGAUGAUUAUUUAUUUUCAGCAUAUGAAUAUGAACUGAGUUUAACUGAAGUUUCUUGUUUUUCUCCUACAGCCAAAUACCCAGAAAUCAAGUCAUUGAUGGUUCCUGACCCAAGGCUGAAAUGGAUUGUGUGCAUGAUGGUAGCGAUACAGUUUUUAGCUUUCUACAUGGUCAAAGACUUGGAAUGGAAAUGGGUUUUGUUUUGGACUUAUGCCUUUGGCAGCUGUAUCAACCACUCAAUGACGCUUGCUAUUCAUGAGAUCUCCCACAACACAGCCUUUGGAAACAACAAGGCCAUGUGGAAUCGCUACUUUGCCAUUUUUGCCAACCUGCCCAUUGGCCUGCCCUACUCUGCCUCCUUCAAACGCUAUCACCUGGACCAUCACCGCUACCUGGGUGGAGAUGGGAUAGAUGUAGACAUCCCCACUGAGUUUGAAGGCUGGUUCUUCUGCACACGCCUUCGCAAAUUCAUCUGGAUUAUUCUGCAACCUCUGUUCUAUGCCAUUCGGCCCCUCUGCAUCAACCCCAAACCUAUCACUCAGCUGGAGGUGACCAACAUAGCCUUCCAGCUCACAUUUGACAUCCUGCUCUGCUGGCUGUGGGGGGCCAAGCCUGUGGUCUACAUGCUGGCUGGCUCAAUGCUGGGGAUGGGCUUGCACCCCAUCUCUGGUCAUUUCAUAGCUGAGCACUACAUGUUCCUCAAGGGCCAUGAGACGUACUCCUACUAUGGCUCCCUCAACCUGCUCACCUUCAACGUGGGUUACCACAAUGAGCACCAUGACUUCCCCAGCAUCCCAGGACGCAGGCUGCCCAUGGUGAAGAAAAUAGCAGCAGAGUAUUAUGAUGACCUGCCUCAGUACACAUCUUGGGUGAAAGUCCUGUAUGACUUCAUCAUGGACGACGCACUGAGCCCUUACUCUCGAGUGAAGAGGAAGCUGAGGGGAGAUGUCAAACAGGAGUAACUUCACCUAAAGCUGGGGAAAAAAAGCUUCAAUGUCCAUCGUUUCAUCUAGGAGUUAACAGCUUUUCCAAAUGAAUAGAUUCAGCAUGGGAAAUAAGGGGGGAAAUUGUGAAAGAGUGCUUUUCCUCUACAGGAAGAGAAAAUUGUUUCAGUUAUUUGUAAUGAAGUUCAGAAAGACCAAGACAUUAUGUUAGUUUGAAAAUAUGAGUUUGCUCGUGUGAUUAUUGGCAGUACCUAGGGUUGGUUACAAAACAAACAAAAUGUAUUCUAAACAAACUAUAAAUUGAUGGGUGGAUUGUCAUAAAAUUUGGUGUCCCCUUCAGGAUGAAUUGUAAUCUCAAUGGUGAUCUUCUAAUUUCUUAAAAUAUUUUAAAUAUUCACAAUUCAAAAUAUUCUCAAUUUGUGCAAUACUGUGGUUUAAAACUAACCCAAAUGUCUACUGAAGGCAUCUGUAUUGUGGUCGGGCUCAAUUCUAGCUAGUGUGCUGAUGUGCACUGAACAUGCAAGUGCUCUUUACUCAUUGGACUUUCAAUAUCUCUGAGGCCACAAAGUGUUUAUUACCACACUGAUCAAUAAUGUGUAAAAAAAAAAUCAACAAUGAAAUAUGAACAGACAUCUGCUUCAAGUAGUUAUUUAAUCCAACCAUUUAAUUAGCGCUCUCUUGUCCUCGGCUCACUACUUGUCAGCAUCUUAAAUUGGUUAGUCUUUCUUUUUAGGGCCCUGGCACUGAAAGUGCUAUGAGUUCGGACAUAUUUCUCAUUGGCUGUAAUUAACUCUGCUCAACCAAAAGUUGGCCGUUUUUAAUUUAGUUUAGUAGUUUUCAUGUAUUUUAUACAAACUUUUUCAAACUCCUCCCAGAAGGUUUAUCAGAUUUGUCUCUGAGUUUUUGUGGAACAGCGUUGCUGUAGCAAGGCAGGCAAUGUGAAUCUUUCGUAAUGACAUGCAAAGCUGCUGUAACUUCACUUUAUAUCAUCCAAUCUGUCCCAAAUUUCACAUGCUGUAUAAGUCCAGACCCGAAGGAAUCUACACAUCCAUAUUGAGAUAUAGUCAUUGCACCACCUACUGACAACAGGAAAUUGGCAGUACCUAAAACAAAAAUCAUCCAAUUAACAUGAAAUUUAAAUGUGUGUUUAAAUAUGAUAUAUAGUAACAUGACAUAAUUAGUAUGUGUUCUGGGACAGAAUUUGCGUAAUUUCCAGCACUGGCGUGUAACUCGGACAUGCGCAUAAGGCAAAAGGCUGUUCAUCGCUGCUUGCAGAUUUAAUUUCUUUUUUUUAAACUUUGCAUUACGCUAGUAAGAACAAAACACUUACCCAAGCCCACACAGGUUGUUACACCAUCUGUGGUGACUGAUUGCAAACCAUGUCUAAGGUCUUUGCAUCGCUGUUUGUUUGCUGCUACAGAGAUUAAUAUACAACUGAAUGAACUUAGACAUGUCUCCCUCCAUUUUGGACUCCACAGUUGGAGGUUAACAACAUAAAAGCAGCUUUGCUAUUGGUUUACUGUGUGUGUGCGUGCGCGCGAACAUGCGCGCACACGCACGAACGUGCAUGUUCAAGUGGAUCAAAGUUGAACUCUGAGGGAAUCCACUCAUUAAGAUUCCUCUGUAUGAAUUGAGUUUGUUGCAACAUAGGGAAGUAUGAUCUGGUCUGUUUGAAAGGAUCGAUGCUGAGUUUAUGGGAAGGCUUGCAUUGGUUUACUUUGUAUAUUACAUUUCUUAGAAAUUGCUCUGCUCUUUAACAUACAACACUUAAUGUACCAUGAUAUUAUGCAACCUGUUGUAAUGCUCCAUACAAACUGUGACUAUAACAAGUCAGUUUAAUGUUGAGUUGUAUAUGAGUUGAAAGUGUAAUAUUCCUCAGUGCCUUCAGAGCUUUGUUUUCAAUUCUGAUUGUGAUGUUGAUUUAAAUGUUAUGAAUUUAUUCACUUUGAUGAAAUAAAGUCAAUUUUGACUACUUAAAAGCCAAUGAAAUAAAUGAAUUAAUAAAAAAAAAAAUAUAUAUA